AUGGAAUAUAAUGAUAGUAAUUUUGUGAAUAAAGAAAAUGAAUAUGAAGAUCAAACAGUAGAUAGUAAAACUAAACAAUAUGACAAUAGUAAUAAAAUACACAAUUUUUCUGGAAAGGCAGGACCUUAUUUUUCUAAUUUUACACAUUUUUUAUUAUUUAUGUGGAUUACAAAACACCAAAUAGGUUGCGAGGCAUAUCGGGAUUUUUCAAAUAUUAUCAAACAUCCAGAUUUUAAUAUCAGUGAUGUUCCAUACUCUAUUAUUACAAUUAAAAAAUACCGGGAUAGUUUACCAUUAAUUUCAUUUAAUGGUUAUGAUAUUGAACUUAAUGAUCGUGAUACUCCUUCAACAUCAAAACCAACUCGUCAAGCAUUUGUAUUUCAAUUAAAAAGAAUUUUACAACGUAUAAUGCUAAAUCCAUCAUUACGUGAUCAAAUGUAUUUUGGUUCAGGUAUUUAUUCCAAAAUUAGACAAGAACUAUGGCAUGGUGAUAUUUGGCAUAAAUCACCAUUAUUUGGCACUACAUACAUCUAUAUAAAUAAUGCAGAAAGAAUACUUGAUUUUAAUUCAUUACCAAAUCUUCUGAAAUCUCGUCAAAGAAAAAAUCAAAUUAAUAAUACACAAAAACUUUGGAUGACUUAUGAGAAUGAAAUGAUUGAACUCAAUUGGAUUGAAUCUAAAAUCAAUGUAUGGCUUAUGGAUACGAAAAAACCUGACAAUUAUGAUUAUUGUAUUAAUGAAAUUGUCUAUAAGCAGGGUUGGGAAUUGUACUAG